AUGAACUUUUUAUCACCCAGUGGGCAGCUUAAAUUCUUGGGAGACAAAACAUCACCAGUACUGGCUGUUAUUCUUCGUGCUGUCCAAAAUGAUAAAAAGCUGGCAGGCUUCCAGCUUGUGCUGUACUCAGAUUGGUACUCCAGCAGACCCAGGAUACAAGUAUUUGUGUCAAACAUCACAGAAUCAGGCAGAUGGAAACUCUGUGCUGAUGCUUCAGUCAUCACUUCUCACAAAGCAGCAGCUUAUCUGAAAUGGGGCAAGGAUUGUCGGGACUACAAAAUUUCUACAGAGAUUGUAACUGGUCGGUUUGCUGAUCACCCAGCUGUACAGAUGAAACUAGAGUGGUCUAAAGUUCCUUCAAGAGUCAAGGCAAUUGCACAAUGGUAAGUUUUCAGUCAUCUCCAGUAUUGUAUAGUACAUCUUCUGCAGUGUUUAAGACCAGAUUCUGUGCUCCGUUGUUCAGAGGUAUUGUUCAGUAGAGCAGGGGGCAAGGUUGGAGCUUGUCAGGGAUCAUUUGGCAUUACUGCUAUUCCAGAUGACUUUACAUCUGCUCUGGGCUCUGGUGCAGGUUAGAGCAGCCUGUGGACUGUUCUCAUUUACAGGCUAGUUGUCAGUGUCC